AUGGCUACAACGCCAACACUGCAGCAGCCUGCAGCGGCCAAGCUCGCCGUCGCCAGCCUGCCCUCGCCGCCCCUGACGCCGUCGUCGAGUCGACCUCCCUCACCAUCUCUCGCUCGCGACAGCGCCUACUACACGCCCGCUGUGGCUUUCUCGCAGCUGCCAGAUGCAUCCAGGAACUUGAACAAGUGGAACCUGCGCAUCAAAGAGCUUGCGUGCCACAUCUCGCUCGUCGUCGCUGGCUGGGCAGACGCCUCGAGCGGGCCUCUGAUCCCGUACAUCCAGGCGCACUACAAGAUCAGCUACACGGUCGUCUCAAUGAUGUUCGUGGGGCAGAUGGUCGGCUUCAUCGCGGCGGGCUUGAUGAGCUCGUGGCUCUCGACUCGUUUCGGCCUCGGCAAGGUCAUCGCUCUCGGUGCAGCCGUCCAGGCACUCGGCCUCGUCUUCCUCAUCCCGGCGCUCCCUUUCCCGGCCAACCCACUGGCCUUCGCCGUUAGCGGCUGGGGCAUGGCGCUCCAGGACGCGCAGGCCAACGUCUACGUCGCGACGCUCCCGAAUGCCGAGCGCAAGCUGUCGUGGCUGCACGCGUCGUACGGACUCGGCGCCGCCGUCUGCCCGCUCGCCGCCACCGCCUUUGCGUCGUCGGGCAUCCUGUUCGCCCGGUUCUACUCGGUCUCGCUCGGCCUCGCCCUGUCCAACACGGCGUUCCUCUCGUACGCGUUCCGCCUCAACUACGUCGUCGACUCGUCCGACCCGGUCGAGCGCACGGUCGACGUGCCCGGCGCACCCCCCAUCACGGUCAACGGCGCACACGACAUCGAGCUGCCCGAGCGACGCUCCUCGACGACGGCGGCAUCGUUGGCGGGCGAGAAGGUCGACCUCGCCGACGAGAACGAGGUCGGCAUCGUCGAGCCGGUCGAGCUCGACACGCGCUUUACACGGCGCAACAAGGUCAUCAAGCAGAGUGUGCUCCUUCAAGCCCUCACGCAGCGCGCGACCUACCUCUCGUCCCUCUUCUUGCUCCUCUACGUCGGCGCCGAGGUCUCGAUGGGCGGCUGGGUCGUCACGUUCCUGCUCGAGAAUCGCGACGCCGGCGCAGAUGCGGGCUACGUCGCGACUGGGUUCUGGUUCGGCCUCGCUUUAGGCCGCCUUCUUCUCGCGCCGCUCAACACCUUCAUCGGCGAGAAGCGUGCGGUGUACGGCUACCUCGCCACGGCCAUGGGCCUCGAGUUCGUCAUCUGGUUCCGCGACGACUUGAUCUCGAACGCCGUUGUCGUCGGCCUCAUCGGCGUCCUCCUCGGGCCCCUUUACCCCGUCUCGAUCAGCAUACUCAGCCGCGUGCUCCCUCGUCGCCUGCACGCGCCCUCGAUAGCUGCCUGUGCAGCGUUUGGCCAGACUGGCAGCGCUCUCUUCCCGUUCAUCACCGGCGCCCUCGCUCAACGGCACUCGCCGGCGGUUCUGCAGCCCGUCAUGGUCGCGCUCAUGGCCGGCAUGCUCAUCCUGUGGACUCUCGUCCCGUCGCCGGCACGCAAGCGCGACUAGAAGGCGACGUCGACGCUCUCAGCCGUCGAUACUCUCGGUCGGUCGGCGAUGCUCUCGAGCGGGUCGUUGAGGCGGCGAGCAGAGGCAGAGUUGCCGAGAAGGAGGAAGGCCAGACGAGGUUUGUAGUACAACAACGCGAACAGACAUUCAGACCCAGUCGUACAGCUCCUCACAAGCUCAAGUCUCGUGCGGCUCGUCCUCCUCCUCGAUCCCGACCUGCUCGCGCCCGUUCUCCUCGAGCCGCUGCGGGUCCGAGAAGAGCUGCGUGAGGACGAAAGUGCUGAAACGCGCAUCUUGCCAGUAC